AUGUAUCCUCAAGUUUAGAACGGUAAUCCCCAAGCCUAGAAUAAUGAUCCUCAUAAUCAAAAUGCUUUACCUCCAGUUACUUAUCCUCCUAUGUAAAAUCAACCAUUGUAGAUAUAGAGCAUUUCACUCUAGUAAAAUCCAUAAGUUUAAUAAGAUAUGGCUGAUAAGACUCCUUAUCCUUUUUAAACAACCUGCCAUCACUGCAAAAAAACUUCAACAACUAAAGUUACAAGUAAAGCAGGGUAUGGAACAUGGACAAUGUGCUCCAUCUUUUGUGUUUUGACUGGUUGCGGCUGCAUUCCUUUUUUUAUUAAUAACUGCAAAGAUAAAAUUCAUACUUGCCCUAAUUGCUAAACUUAACUUGGUGUUUUUAGAUACAAAGUUUUCUGA